AUGGAGAUCACCAUAGGGGUCAUGGAUGAGAAUGCCACCAACACCUCCACCGACUUCCUUUCUGUGCCUGCCUCCCAUGGGGCCCAAGCUGCUCCGUUCCCAUUCAACUUCAGCUAUGGUGACUAUGAUAUGCCUAUGGAUGAAGAUGAGGAUGUGACCAAUUCCCGUACCUUCUUUGCUGCCAAGAUUGUCAUUGGCAUGGCCCUCGUGGGCAUCAUGCUCGUCUGUGGCAUGGGCAACUUCGUCUUCAUUGCUGCUCUGGCCCGCUACAAGAAACUGCGCAACCUUACCAACCUGCUCAUUGCCAACCUGGCCAUCUCUGAUUUCCUGGUGGCCAUCGUCUGCUGCCCCUUUGAGAUGGAUUACUAUGUGGUGCGCCAGCUGUCCUGGGAGCAUGGCCAUGUCAUGUGCGCCUCUGUCAACUACCUGCGUACUGUCUCUCUCUAUGUCUCCACCAAUGCCCUGCUGGCCAUUGCCAUCGACAGAUAUCUGGCCAUUGUCCACCCGCUGAGACCCAGGAUGAAGUAUCAAACAGCCACUGGCUUGAUUGCCUUGGUAUGGAUGGUGUCCAUCCUCAUCGCCAUCCCUUCUGCCUACUUCACCACUGAAACGGUCCUCAUCAUCGUUAAGAGCCAAGAGAAGAUCUUCUGUGGCCAGAUCUGGCCGGUGGACCAGCAGAUCUACUACAAGUCCUACUUCCUUUUCAUCUUUGGCGUCGAGUUCGUGGGCCCUGUGGUCACCAUGACCCUGUGCUACGCCAGGAUCUCCCGCGAGCUGUGGUUCAAGGCGGUGCCGGGCUUCCAGACGGAGCAGAUCCGAAAGCGCCUGCGCUGCCGCCGGAAGACCGUGCUGGUGCUCAUGGGCGUCCUCACCGCCUACGUGCUGUGCUGGGCGCCCUUCUACGGCUUCACUAUCGUGCGCGACUUCUUCCCCGCGGUGUUCGUCAAGGAGAAGCACUACCUCACCGCCUUCUACGUCGUCGAGUGCAUCGCCAUGAGCAACAGCAUGAUCAACACUCUGUGCUUCGUGACCGUCAAGAACAACACCGUCAAGUACUUCAAGAAGAUCAUGCUGCUCCAUUGGAAGUCUUCCUACAAUGGGAGUAAGUCCAGCGCAGACCUUGAUCUUAAAACCACAGGGGUACCGGCCACCGAGGAGGUGGACUGCAUCAGACUGAAAUAA